UUUUAGAAACACUCCAUCAGAUAUCGCCGUUGCAGAAAUACAUUCAAUUUCAAGAGAAGCAUUGAAUAAGCCUAUCUUUGAAUACAAAGAACCAGAUCGCCUACCUAUACCUCGAGAACAAAAGUAAAAGUAAUGUAUAUGUUAGUUUUAAGCUCAAUUCGACAGCGUGAAGGUGUUAAAUUGUGUUCUGUUAUGGUUUUGUAAGUUCUGAUCUUCCACACACGUAGUCAGUGCAGGAGCGAAUAUGACUUCCACAAUGAACGAUAGGAUGAUCAGGGAUGUGAGGGAUAUCUGGAACUGCGGAAAUCCCCGGGAAAUCGACAAGGAAACCCCCAGGAUCUCGGCGGACAGUCUGAACGAUAGCAGGAACAAGCACAAGUACAAGACGUUGGAAAGACACCUGAGCAUGAAAAAGACCAUACGGAAGAAAAUGAUGAGGGAUCUCAGAGAAAUUGGAGAUGCUACAGCUGAUAAUCCCUCGAAUCAAAACGCCUUCCUCGAACAGAUCAAGAACGAUCAACCACCGCCCGCCAACAUAGACAAGCCAAGUUUGUGGAAAAGACUGACCAAAGGUUGGGGUAGCAGUUCAUAAUUUAAGUUGUUUUUUUUUUAUUUUUACCCAGUGAUAUUUUGUGGGUUUCUCUCUGUGAGCGGGGCCUCAUCAGUUGAAGGUAACUUUUAGUGUAGAUAUUAAAUAUGCUAGAGUUCCAAUAAUUGUUUAUUGUGAUGUAGAGAACUUUUUCUCCUUGUAGCUUUAAGUUUUUUUUCGAUAGGGCGAAGACGUUUGUAUAUUCUUUCUGGAAGAUGUUGUUUUUAAGGGGUCUUCUGUACUUGCCACUUUUUCCGAUGAAUAAAAUUGCUUUAAGUUAAA